UGCUUCGGGAGCGGGUCUCAGCUGGAGCCGCAGGCCGGAGCCUCCUUGUCUCUCCUCUGGCCCAGUGGUGGCGGGGACCCGAGCUGCUGGGGCCCGAGCCCCGCGCCCGCCAGUCAUGGUGGGUCACCUGCAUCUGCAGGCCAUGGGGGACACGCGGGAGCAGAGCCGCGACGGCUUGCUGGACAGUCCUGACUCAGGACUGCCCCCCAGUCCCAGUCCUAGCCCGCCCUUCUACGCCCUGUCGCCGGGCACGCUGGACACCCGUGCCACCACUGAAACUCCAGCGGCCACUUCCCUCUUCCAAAAUCCCCCAGCCCUGGAGAUGAGGUCGAGGCUGCUGCCUGUGUUCUUUGGGGAGAGCAUCGAGGUGGACCCAGAACCUGCACAUGAAAUCCGCUGCAACUCUGAGGUCACCUAUGCCUCAGAGAGAUACUUCCGCGACAAGAUCUUCUACGUUCCGGUGCCCACGGUCACCGCCUACAGCGAGACCAUAGUGGCAGCGCCCAACUGCACGUGGCGGAGCUACCGCAGCCAGCUGACCCUGGAGCCCCGCCCACGGGCCCUGCGCUUCGGAAGCACCGCCAUCAUCUUCCCCAAACUGGCCCGCAGCUCCUUCCGCACCACGCUGCACUGUAGCCUCGGCCAGCCACGGCACUGGUACUCCUCCAGCCUGCAGCUGCGGCGGUGUGGGGACCCCGCACCCAGUUCUGGUGGCCCCGAUGUACUCUGAAGAGCCCAGGAUCAGAGCUGGAGCUGAGUGUGGGAGAGGUCCAGGAAAGAUGGCCAGGCUACCACCACAGGCUAGGCUGGCUGUGCCCAAGCCCUAGCCUAGCGAAUCCCGUGAAUGCAUCUUUCAUUAGCCUUUACGGGCUCUACGGCCUUAAGGGCAGGGCCAAGCAUGUCCUGGUGUGCCCUUGAGGCAAAGACAGCCCUGUGUACCACAGGACACAGGGCACUCAGCCAUGGUCUGGCUCGCAAUCUUAAUUCUUGGAGAGGCUCAUUUCCAAAACAGGCCAUUAAAGAAAAUGCGCAUCCCAGCCGAGAGCCACAGGUGUGGCAGGCAGAGCUAGCUACCCUGAACUGAGAUGGGAAAGGCUGGGGGUGGGGGGUACCAAGAACACAUUGUCUGCUGUGCAGGGCACAGCCCUCCAGGGAGGCUCACGUGCCCCACCCACCACCCCCCCCCCCCAAGACGCAUUCCCGACUAGCUUAGAACUCUUGAGUCUCAAAGCUCUCUGGCAGGUGCCCAGGGAGGCUUCAAAGCAAAAGACGGGACACUGCCAGUAACUGCCUAUGGCCGACUCUGGACUUGAGCCUACGGCAGGGCUACGAAUCGCACAAGAAACCGUGUCUGAUCUUCUUGGCCUCCCGUUCCUGUUUAGCAUGGAUCCUACAACUACACCAGUUUCGGCUCUUGCCCACAACCUGGUGCUGUCCCAUGAUGUCCAGGCUAAAGCGAGUCCCCGAGUCCACUUAGAGGUGAAGACGUCCCUUCACCUCAACUGUCCAGUAGCUGGAAACCUGCCUACUGCCUCCACGGUGGCCCAGAGGGAAGGGACACUCUUUGUGGGGCAACUAGAACCCAAAUGACUGAUAGAUUUCUGCCAAUCUAUUAGCUUAUCCGAGGUGCCCCCUGGUUAAAAAACAGCUUAAGAAAUUAGUGAAUUACCUUAAUAAAAUAAUACCCGUACAGCCA